UGUUCAUCAUCGCUGGAUUGUUUUCCUCUGUCAAAAACAACUCCUCCGGUCACGUGACCCGCCUGACGUUACAGUCCUCCACUCUGCGCUGAUGCAGGGGGGUUUCCAUCAUGGCGUCGAUGCAGAAAAGGCUACAAAAGGAAUUAUUAGCCCUGCAAAAUGAUCCACCCCCGGGAAUGACUCUUAACGAAAAAAGUGUACAGAACACCAUCACACAGUGGAUUGUAGACAUGGAGGGAGCACCUGGCACACUGUAUGAAGGAGAGAAGUUUCAGCUGCUUUUCAAAUUUAGUAGUCGAUAUCCGUUUGAUUCACCUCAGGUAAUGUUCACAGGAGAGAAUAUACCUGUCCACCCUCAUGUGUAUAGUAACGGUCACAUCUGUCUAUCAAUUCUAACGGAAGAUUGGUCGCCAGCCCUGUCAGUGCAAUCAGUUUGUCUUAGCAUUAUCAGCAUGUUGUCCAGCUGCAAAGAAAAGAGACGACCGCCUGAUAACUCCUUUUACGUAAGAACGUGUAACAAAAAUCCAAAGAAGACAAAAUGGUGGUAUCAUGAUGAUACAUGCUAAUGUACAAACUUUGUAAUAAUCGUAGAAGAAAGAAGUCCUACUGACCUACGUAAAGCACUUUUUAAUCAUUCAGUCUUUGAACUCUGACCUUUGACUGGAACAAUGGACACCAUGCGCUGGAGGCUCUUGACUGCAUUUCCCCCGUGGACCGUUGGAUGCAUGUUUUAGUCUGGCUGUAAUAUAGAGAACGAAAAUAAUGGAACUUUUAAAUGCACCCAAGACGGAUUAUUAUAAUUUUUUUUCCUUUUGCAAAAAGGUAGUGAUGCAGCGAGCAGACAGAGAUGAUUAUAAUUCCUGUUUUAAGAUUAUUAUUGUUACUUUUUUGUUUGUGUGUGGGUGCAUUUUAAGGUCCUUGUGUUGUGCAAUAAUAACUGAUGGAUGCAUGCUUGGGCCUACAAAGAGAAAUCCAAAUCUAAACGUUUUCUGGAAGGGAUCUGACCAUCAUAACCCCAAGAAAAUGCUUCAUCCAUUUGUUUGUUUUAAAUUAUAUGCACUGUGAAAGUAUCUAGUUUGAAAAGGCACUAUUAGUAUGUUAUUCCCAAGUUGCAGUUGGACUGUAAGCAGUCCUCCACUUAUUUAUCAGGUUAAAGGGUUUUAGUUUGCAACACUGUAUCAAGAGUAGACGUAAUUUUCUUCUUCAUCUUCCAACUUGAGACCUGGCUGCAGUUCUUCCUGCUGUUGGACAGAAUGUCGGUACAGAAAAAAAAGAUAGGACGCUCGAUCUCAGUCAGCUGAUGACCUCACAGUGUACGUCUCCUCGUAAAGUUGGGCUGAACUCGUGUAGUGUUCACUAGUCCGGCGUUGAAGAUGUGCAAGCGGCUUCUCUUCCAUUUAAAGAAUGUUUGUAAGAGAACAUUGUUGCAUGAUCCAUUUUUAUUUGUGCGAUACUUUUUUUGAUUUUUAUUUCAUGCUUUAAUCUUCUAAAAAUGUUUGAUUUUAAAAUGUCUUGUUCUUUUUUUGUACCGUUUUUUUUUUUUUUUUUUCAACUAGCUGAUACUUUGAAAAGGGGGGUUGUUUUUGAUGGGUCAGUACGUUUUUUGGGGGAUUUUUUUCUUUCUUUUUCUUUUUUUUUGUAUUUGUUAUUUAAUUUAAAUCUUUGUUUUCCAUAAUGGUAAUGAAUGACGAAAUGGAGAGUCUUUAUAGAAGUCGUUAAGAGACGAGGCUUUUGUGAUUCCCCCUGGUCAGAGUUUUGGCUCAGGUACUUUUUUCAAUAAAGAGAUCACCUCUAAAAAGAUACCUAUCAGAUAUUUUGAAGUUAACUAUAUUUUCACCAAAAGAGACUGUUAUGUUAUAAACUUAUAACAUGUCUGAAACUAUUGUACAUAAGUCUUUAAAUUGCUGGAUGACGUGAAAGAAAUUAGCAGAGGAUGCAUUUACUUUAUAGCAGAUAUGAUAAUAUAGGAGUGCUUUAUUUCAUUGGACGUUAGCCUGCAUCUUUUGCUAAUUAGGAUGUGUACAGACAGCUACAAACACUAUUGUUGGUAAAUAAGAAAAAUGAAAAAGAAAAAAAAAAGAAGAAGUUUAGUAGUUUUACAGUGGGGGUGCAUGCAAUUUUAACCCUACUUUUUCUUAUUGGCAUCAGACAUUGUGACAACUUUUAGUCUUUCCAUAACUUAGGUAUUGAUUUAUGGGAUGGAUAUUACAAACCUCACCUCCAGAGGCUGUGUGGCUCUUUGUCAUUUCAGACCGUAAUUACCCCAUUCCUAAAGAAAUGUUUAUCGCCAUCCAGUCAGAGAUACUUGAAUUUUCCAUCUUGGGUUGUUUGUAUUGCAUUUGCAUUUGCAUUUCUUUUUUUGCUUUUUAUUUUUUUCUUUCCAGGGUCUAGCUGAGUUUCUUGAAUGGACUUGAGUGAAUGUGAUACUCUAUACUGUAGAGGAGAUUACCACAGCACACCGCUAUCUCAAAAAACUAUAUUGAUAACUUAAAGACAUCUAUUUAACCAAUGUUUUUUUUUUUUUAGCUUCAUUCUAAUGAUCUUGUCUGCCUUCAGAAAAAAAACAAAAAAAACAAUAGGAAUGAGAUGAUUGUGUAAAUGCAGUCACGACAGCACUUGUGUGUGGGGACAAUAAGCCUUCACUCAGUGGGCAGAAGAUCAGAAGAGAUUUGAAAAUCCUGCGAGUGAAUAUGUUACAAAGGUUUGGAUGUGACAUGUUUUUUUUUCUCCCUUUUUUUUUUUUAAUGUGGUUUGAACUCUUAGCUUGCAGGUUGUUGUGAGUGAUCAACACUAAUGAGGGUGUGUUAUUUAUAUUUGAAAUUUUGUUCUGGGAUGUGCAAGCUCCAUGUAAUAGGUGCCUGUUCAUUUUCAUAAUCAAUAAUAAAAAGCAAAGAUUCAUUCUUUUAUUCAA